ACACACCAUUUACUCAUCUUUUUUCCCUGCGCCAGCACUUUAGAUUUGGCACUGUUUUACUCCAUUUCCCUCAGGACCAUUGUGCACUUUGACCCAGAGGAUAUCCUGUGCCUUCGCAGCAGUUGGAGCUUGAGCGCACUAAAGCCUACAUAAGACAAAAGAGCUUUGCAGCUUUAUGCACUUCUAUCACAAUAAAAGGAGAUUUAAGAUUCUUACAAAGCAGAUACAAGACAUCCUGGACACCUUAACCUACAAGUUUGAUAAUGAUGGAAGAAGUACAUGAGGUGAAAUCUGCUCUGAGCGUCCAUGGUCAUAACAUCAAAGUUACAGAGGUGCUGAAAGACGGGGACGCACUUACUUUUCUAAUUGUUUCUAAAAAGCUGUCUGGGACAGGGGAGUACCAUGUGGACCGUACCUGUGAUGAUUUUGAAUGGCUGCAGCAGCACCUGUUCUCUCAGGAGGAUGUGCCUGGGAUACAGGGAGUCAUAUUUCCUCCUCUUCCCACAAAGGCUCAGGUGAAUGCAUCUGCCAAGGUUAUGAAACAGCUUGGUUUUCUUGGUUUGGGAGAGUGGCAGCCGUACUGUAAAGCACUGGAAACGUUCCUCCGUCAGGUUGCGUCACAUGGCAUACUCAACAAAAAUAAAGCAGUGGAGAUCUUCCUCACUAGCUCAGACCCACCAGGCAGACAAAGAGCAAAGAAAAACAUUUUCAACCGUCUGAGUCAAGCUGUGGAGGAGAUGAGGAAAGAAGGCCAUAAGGAUGUGGAUGAGUUCUUUCAAACUAAACGUGACCAUAACCUCGCCCUAACUGGCUAUACCAAGAGUGCAGCGGAGAGAUUCCUUGAUGUGGUGUUGACUGAGCAAAAAAUAGCAGUGGCUUGUGGGCACUUCUCAGCUGCUCUGCAUCUCUGUGUGGAAGCAGAGGAUCCUGACAAACAGGCUUUUUCUAGGAUUUGUGUGAAAUUAUCAGAAGUCUUUGAUUCUAUGAAGAAAAAUAUGAUGAGUGUGGCUGAGAACAACAUGAACACUCUUGGGCUGGGCCUAGACCUGGAGUCACGCUACCAGGAGGCAGAGAAGGAAAUGCUGUUCAGGAGAACAUGUAAACUGGUGGAGUUAGAGACGGCCAGGAAGAACGCAGAGAAGGCCAAACCUGUGAAGAAGGCUGCUAUGGAGGAGGUGAAGAAAGCAGCAGAGACGGAGUUUGAUCACAUUUGUGGAGUUGCUAAACAGGAGAUUGCACGGUUCGAGGGGGCUCGUGUGGAGAUGCUGCAGCAGGCCAUGGUUCAGUGGUGCGAAAAGCAGCUUCUUACGGCCAAAGAAAGCGCUGACCAGUUCAACCAGCACCUGCAAGCCUUUAGAGGGAUGGCCUAGUGACCUCACUAGCAGCCUCUUAAUGAAGCAUCCUCAGUAUGUCUAAACAUAGCAUGGGAUAACCCAAACAUGUCCUUCACCCUGUUGUACUGUAGCCUGAUGCUUUAAUGAUCUCAGUUACAUUCCAUGUAAAUGAAUAAAUGUAAGUGAAAGAGAAAGGAACGCUUCCCCGAUGAUGCUAUAAAUUGUAUGAACACACACACAUCAAUCCCUCAAUCUCUCCUCAGUCACACUCUUACUAAUAAAGCCCCAGUAGAAAUGAUUGUUUUGAAAUCUUAGCAGAGAACCUGUCAUCUGCUGAGGCAACUGUGUGUGUGUGUGUUUGUGUGUGAGAGUUUACGUGUUCUAUACUAGACUCAUACAUUUGUGCUGAGAGUGUAUUGUGCUGCUCUCUAGCCACUACAUCAGCUGGGGUCACACAAAAUAAAGUGUGAUGAAUUGAUUCCCAAAGUA